AUGAUCGCGGAACUUGAAAAUUACUCAACAUUUAAAUCAAAUGCUAAAUCAGAAGAUAAUAAUAGUCUCUCCGAUAAUAUGACAAUAAUUCCUAUAUUCCGAGAACUCAAUGAUUAUAACGGUUUGAAUGAAUUGGAGUCCAAUCGGAUCAACGAACUGAUGAGCGCUUCCCAUGUCUUCAGCGCACAAUUGACACAAAAUACUCGUCAUAUAAAAAGUCUGGAGGAAUGGAUGCGACAUUCAGUGGAGUUAAACGAGAAGUCUAUAAAGGACAUGGCUAGCUUUAUUACUAAGUUAAAUGGGUUUACAAACAUUUGCCCGGAUGACCAGUUGGCACUAUUCAAGUACGGCUACAACGAGUUGACGUGUAUUUACUAUUGCAAGUACUAUAUCAGGGAAAGCGAUUGCUUUUUGGUGCCAUUACUAAAGGCAAUCAUACUUUUCAACCCAAACCGCCCUAACCUCUCGCAUAAACUGAAUGUCAAGUAA